AUGAAGAACAUUCCUUAUGCUUUAGUUGUUGGAAGCCUUAUGUAUGCUCAGGUCUGCACAAUACCUGAUAUUGCUUUUACGGUUGGAGUGUUAGGGAGAUAUCAAAGUAACCCAGGUUUAGACAACUGGAAAGCUACAAAGAAAGUGAUGAGAUACUUUCAAGGAACCAAGGAAUACAUGCUUAUGUAUAGACGAACUGACAACUUGAAAGUGAUUGGCUAUUCAGAUUCAGACUACAUUGGUUGCGUUGAUUCGAGAAAAUCGACUUCGGGAUAUAUUUUUAUGCUAACCAGUAAAGCUGUGUCUUAUAAGAGUGUCAAGCAGACCUUGACAACUACUUGCACUAUAGAGGCUGAGUUCGUUUCUUGUUUUGAGGCUACCUCACAUGGUGUAUGA